AUGGAAGCGACAGAGCCUGCAAAGCGAGUGCUGUCUAUUCAAAGCCAUGUGGUACAUGGCUAUGUGGGCAACCGAUGCGCGGUCUUUCCCUUGCAGCUCCUCGGCUAUGAAGUGGAUUUCAUCAAUUCCGUGCAAUUUUCCAACCACACAGGUUACCCUCUGUGGAAAGGAUCAAUAAUGGACGGGGACCAGUUGUGGGAAAUUGUGGAGGGCAUGAAAGCCAAUGGACUGUUGGAAUACAGCCACCUCGUCACAGGCAUCAGAUACAUUGGCAGCGCGUCCCUGCUGCAGACCGUCAAGCGCCUGGUGGAACUUCUGAGGGAGCACAACCCUAACCUGAUCUACGUGUGUGACCCUGUGAUGGGCGACCAUGGGAGGCUGUAUGUGAAGCCGGAUCUGGUGCCCUGCUACAAGGAGGACAUAGCGCGGCUGGCCAGCAUCAUGACACCGAACCAGUUCGAGGCAGAGCAGCUCGUGGGGCAGCGGAUAAUCACAGAGGAGGACGCGCUCGCAGCCUGCCAGACACUGCACAGCCGCGGCCCCUCCACUGUGGUGCGCAAAUUUCAGCCCCUUGAAUAUUGCGUGACGACCCUAGUUUCUUGCCAGGCACGGAGUUCUAAAGACUGCCGUCUCCGCCUCAGAGUCCCCAGAUCAGCCGCAUACUUCACCGGCACAGGGGAUCUGAUGACGGUGCUGCUGCUGGCAGCAUUGGACAAGCAGCCCAGGAAUCUGAAGGGGGCUGUGGAAAAGGCAGUUGCCACGCUGCAAGCAGUUCUGCAGGCCACGGUCAAAGCUGCCGGGCAGUCGGCUUUCACCUCAGAGCGAGAUGCAAAGGUGAGACAUAAUUCUCUUCGACCCCAGCCAUUAAAGUGUGACCUGCCCAUGAGGCAUGCAAAAAUACACAGGGUUGUUAACAUAUUAAUUGUCAGAAGUGCCAAGUGUUGUGUCGUCAUUAAAUGCUCCGAUUGA